AUGUCACACAGAAGCGGAUACAGUCUGGCGCUGAUUGUCGUGUUUUGUCUUUUUGUAACGGCCUUUUGUAAGUUCCCAACUCUAGACCACUUAAAACCGAAAGCCAGCGACAAAAGCCAGGGCAGAGCGGUGGUGGAGCUGCUAAAGCGGCUGCUGGGGAACAGGUCCACGGAGUUCAUAGUGUCAGUCAACCGGAGCCUUUCCAACGACAGCCUGGAUGUGUGUGAGCUCAGGUCCACCAGGAACAAUAAGAUAUACGCUACAGGCAGCAGCGGAGUGGCCGUGGCUACUGGCAUUUACAACUAUUUGAAAUAUUUCUGCAACUGCCAUGUUUCGUGGUCCGGUGACCAGCUGGAUGUGCCCCGUCCUCUUCCGAGGGUCACCGGCGUCCUGCGCAUCAACACCCAGCACAGAUUCCGGUAUUACCAGAACGUGUGCACGUUCAGCUACUCCUCUGUGUGGUGGGACUGGCCCAGAUGGGAGAGAGAGAUAGACUGGAUGGCUCUCAAUGGGAUCAACCUGCCGCUGGCCUUCACUGGCCAGGAGGCCCUGUGGCAAGAGGUUUACAAGGCUCUCGGGUUGAACCAGUCAGAGAUCGAGGAGUUCUUCUCCGGCCCCGCGUUCCUGGCCUGGAACCGAAUGGGGAACCUUUUCAAGUUUGGAGGGCCCCUGCCUCAGUCCUGGCACGUGAACCAGCUCUUCCUCCAAUUUAAAAUCUUGGAGCGGAUGAGAUCCUUCGGAAUGAUUCCCGUGCUGCCGGCCUUCUCUGGGAACAUUCCCGCUGGAAUCCUCAGGCUGUUCCCAGAAGCCAAUGUGACCAGGCUGGGCCCCUGGUCUCACUUCAACUGCAGCUACUCGUGCUCCUACGUCUUAGACCCCCGGGACCCUCUGUUCCUGCAGAUCGGCUCCCUCUACCUGUCCCAGGUGGUGAAGCAGUUUGGAACAGAUCACAUCUACAACACUGACACUUUCAACGAGAUAACCCCCCCCUCCUCUGACCCCGCCUACCUGUCAGCAGUCAGCCGCUCCGUCUUUGCCUCCAUGACCGCAGUUGAUCCUCAGGCAAUCUGGCUGAUGCAGGGCUGGCUGUUCUUCAGUGACACAGCGUUCUGGAAGCCGGCCCAGAUUCAGGCUCUACUACACGGAGUGCCUCUGGGCAGAAUGAUCGUGCUGGACCUGUUUGCAGAGACGGAGCCAAUUUUCUCCUACACAGAGUCUUUCUACGGGCAGCCCUUCAUCUGGUGCAUGCUGCAGAACUUUGGGGGCAACAGCGGAUUCUUUGGCACGGUGGAGAGCAUGAACUCGGGGCCCUUCAAAGCCUUACAGUUCCCAAACUCCACCCUGGUUGGCAUAGGCAUGACGCCUGAGGGCAUUGAGCAGAAUCCAGUGAUGUACGAGCUGAUGAGCGAGCUGGCAUGGCGUAAGGAGCCGGUCAACCUGUCCAAGUGGGUGUCGCUGUACGCUAUCCGUCGCUACGGCAGCACGCAGGACAGCUUGACGGCGGCGUGGAGGCUGCUGUUCGCCAGCGUCUACAACUGCACCGUGCCACACUACAAAAACCACAACCACAGCCCCCUGGUGCACAGACCCUCUCUCCACAUGAACGCUGACCGGUGGUACGACCCGGCUGAUUUGUUCAAAGCCUGGAAACUGAUCAUCGAGGCGGCUCCGUCCCUCAUGUCCAAGGAGACUUUCCGCUGCGAUCUCGUGGACGUGACUCGGCAGGUCCUACAAGUCCUGACAACAAGCUUCUACCAGGAUAUCGCAGAUGCUUUCAAGAACCAGAAGCUGCCAGAGCUGCUGACUGCGGGGGGGGUGCUGGUGUACGACCUCCUGCCUGAACUCAACCGUCUGCUGAGCAGCGACCGCAACUUCCUGUUGGGGACAUGGCUGGAGAGGGCCCGCUCCUUCGCCCUGGAUGAGAAGGAGGCCCAGCUGUACGACAUGAAUGCCAGGAACCAGCUUACUCUGUGGGGUCCCAGCGGUGAGAUCCUGGACUACGCCAGCAAAGAGUGGGGGGGCCUCAUGGAGGACUACUACGCCCAGAGAUGGGGUCUUUUCGUUGAAACCCUGGUAGACUGUCUGGACACUGGACGGCCAUACAAGCAGGACACCUUUAACCAGGCCGUGUUCCAGGUGGAGAAGGGGUUCAUUUACAACGCCCGAAAAUAUCCGACCAAGCCUCAGGGCGACACGUACGAGAUCGCCCGCAGGAUCUUCCUCAAGUACUACCCCCAGGCCUUGAAGACACUAUAGUGAGCAGAGGAUUCAUUUUGGAAAAACUUGUCUCUAGUCACAGCAAGAAGAAUGUCUCCACCUCCAGUUUUCCAUGGCUGUCCCAAAACUGUGAAACAUUUUGAAAUGGAAACUCUAACACCUGGAUUUGCAGGAACAAUCUGUUUUGCACACAUAGCCAAAUCAGUGGAUAGCUGAGUAUGAUGAAGGGAACAAAUACUUUUACUUUACAUUCACACUUUAGAAAUAUUCAAUUAAGCCUUAUCAAACACAAGUUCAGCAAAAAAAAAAGUGUUAUGAGUGGUGCAGUGAUGACAAAUGGAUGUAGGCCAACCAUUGCGUGGGCUCCCUCAAAAAAAGCAAUGGGAUUUUCACAUAAAACAUUUAAAUUGGAAUGUUGCAGAAAAUAAGAUCUGUGGCAAUCACACUUUUUUGAUACUUCCAUGUUUUUUCAGCUGGAUAAUCUCCACAUAUUAACACAACUUUUAUAAUAGUUGAGGCAUAAAUGCAAUCGGCAGAAGUAAAAAGCUAACAUUAGGCAAUAAACUAACGACAUGGCUGCGUAUCACCACCGCUAAGCUAAAGACGGCUAAUGUUUCGCGUGAUGAUGUUUAGUCGUCUCAUUUAGUCACACUUCAGACAUUCACCAGUGAGGUAUUUACUGACAUAUGUAAUGUCAUUCAAAGAAGUAUCUUAAGCUUGUGAUAACCACAGAUUUUACUUCAGGCAUCUAACAAAAAAUACAUUCCGAAAACAGGAUGAUUUUUUUACAUUUCAGAACAGGUUUCAGAAUCAGACCAGGGGCCUGUACUACGAAUCAGGAUUUUCGUUUAGUGAGCUAACUUCCUGGAUUUCCGGUCCUACGACGCUGGUUCACUUCUUAGCGGGCUAGAUAACUUAUUCUGAACGGCUAGCGUGGGGGGUAUACUACGAAGCAGGAUUUUCGUUUAGCAAGAUAACUAUUAGGAUUUCCGGUACUACGAAGCUGGUUCACGUUUUAGCGGGCUAGAUAACUUAUUCUGAACGGCUAGCCUGCGCCAGAGCAGGAUAGGUUCCAGGAUAAGAGAGCAACUGUGCAGAGUUCUUCUUCUUCGCUUUAAUGGCGAAUCGCUUCCACUUGGAGCAUAUCGCCACUAUAUUGUUGAUUUAUUUAAUGUAUAAACUGCCCAUAUUGUUCAUGUAAAACAGUGUUCAUGUAAGCCUGCACAUUGAUUUUAUUUUUCAUUGAAUGUAACCAUUUCAAUAAGGAUACAUCUAUUACAGGUUGAGGUAAAAACCAUGGUGGAACAGCUGAUAACAACAGUGUGCAGAGUUUGAUUGAUUGAUUGAUUGAAAAGUUUAUUAACAGCUUGUAUAUUGGGUACAGUACAGAACAGCUCAAAACAUACAAUUGUUAAGGGGAUGCAGACCAGAGAAAGACUUUCGUCUUGUUUACAUCAGGGUCCCCCAUUUCCAAUUCAUCAGUUUAAAGCGAUCAAGUCAUAUUACAGGAUAAAGGAAAUACAAUUUAAACUGCCGUUGCAGUUCAAAUCACCGUCUGUGUGAACAUUAAGAGAAUAUCCCUUCCCAUCUUCAGAGCAAUCUGACUAUUAUAGCAUUAGCAUUAAGAAAGCUUACUUAAAUAUCUGCCACAACAUAAGUAACCGGAUCAAAGUAACAUUACGUAGCCUACUGUCCGCGGCACUGUGAGUGCAGACGUCGAUGUGUCCCAUUAUCAUCAUAUCGCAUCAUAAUGUAUCAUAUAUUUCCUUAUCUGAGUCAG